CCAGAGUCCAUGCCAAGGAUGGAGAGGCUUCGAUUCUCUUCUGCUCUUCUUAUACUGCUGGCCUUGGUGAGCCUUGACUUGACCAGCUGGGCAUGGACUGUCCCUGACUGCAUCAUAGCAGACAGCUCACUCUUUCCCAACCUCUCUUACUACAUCCCAUUUUGCACCUUGAACCCAGGACUACGCCUUUUGGCAUCUUGCUCCAAUGUUAAAGACUUGGCUCAGACCUUGGAAAGAGUGCCCUUGGAUACAGAGGUGCUUUGCCUCCAGGGCACGGUUCCUACUCUGCAGGAUAAUGCCUUUGGUCAUUUCCCCUCCCUGAAGCUUCUGAGACUGCAGUUGGGCACCCUCAAUAUUACUUCCAAGGCUUUUGAAGGACUGGACCACCUACAACAUCUUUUUUUUGAACAUCAUGCUCCCUGUUGCCUGAGUCUGCUCCUCCCUCCAAAUGUUCUGGAACCUCUCAGAUUCCUCAGUAGCCUUUCCUUUCAAGGCUACUGCCUGAAUUAUAGCCAAAGCAUCUACUUGCCAGUCAGCCUCAGGCAUCUGACUCUGAGACACAGCUGUCUGAUCCAAUUGCAGGAGCUGCAAAGGGUUUUCCCCAACCUCGCGCCUGGCCCCUCUCUAACACCCACUACCAGAUCAUGGGUGCCCUUCCUAGAGGUACUGGAUUUGUCUUACAACCUUCAGCUGAACCAGGCAGGUGCCAGAGCCCUGCAGGGACUCAAGCUUCAUUCCCUGAUACUGGAUGGCACUCCACUGAGUACACUGGAUGUCCUGCACUCGGGAGUGCUCCACUUGGACUUCCUCUCCCUUGAAGGUAAAGGUAUAGAAAAACUGCCUGAGAAUGUAACUGGCUACUUUGACCUUCAUGCCCUUGACCUUGGAAGGAACCAAAUCCAGAACAUAGAGAAGGGAGAUCUCCCAAGCCACAGUUCCCUUGAAUUCCUCAGCCUUCACGAUAAUAACCUGCAGUCAAUUCCCAUCACGUUCCUGAGUGCUCUGCCCCAACUUCAGAGCCUCAACCUGUCUGUGAAUAAGCUGGGCCUAACCUUGGCUCUUCCAGAAGGACUGAUUAGCACAAACUUGAGAGUGCUAGAUCUGUCCCAUAAUCAGCUCUGUGCUCUCCCCUCUGGGGCCUUCUCUUUUCUUCCACAUCUCCAGGAGCUCUGGCUGAGUGGCAACAACAUCUCCAGUUUAUCCAGUGACAGCCUGCAGGGACUGAGGUGGCUAAAGACUCUAGACCUGAACUGGAACCAAAUUAAAGUGUUAAAACCAGGCUGGCUCUCCCCUCUUCCUGCUCUCACUUCCUUGAACCUUCUUGGUACCUAUUUGGAGUCUAUCUCAGGCAAGCAACUCCAAGGUCCCCAGAGGCUGAGCCACCUACAAUUGGGUUCUCUUACGAUGCUGGACAUCUAUCCUCCCUGGCCUCCAACACUGCUCAGUCUAGAAAUACAGGUAACAGUGAGUGUCCAGUUUACUGUGCUCAGUGGAGAGCCCUUCUUGUUUUUGGAGAACCUUACCUUACAGGCCAACUGGCUGAUACUGAAGCCAGACAACACCACAUUUCAUUUCCCUUCUCUGCGAUGCCUCACUCUGCGAGGCCUCAGCCUGUUCUUUCAACCCCAGAGGUUCUUCCCGCAGCAGCUUCCUCUCCUGGAGCAGUUCUCCUUCUGGUGCGACAAUGACGAAGCAGUAGACCUCCACCUAUUUGAGAUGCCCAGGCUACGUGUGCUAGAGCUGGGGGACCUUAACUUCUUCUAUGAGUCAAGUACGACGAAGCUGGAGACACUACUGAAGGAGGUGCCACAGUUACAGGUACUGGCACUGAGCCACAUGAAUCUCAGGAACCUGUCUAGAGCCAGCCUCAGGGGCCUGAGCCACCUUCGGCUGCUGCUGCUGAGCUCUGAAAGGGCCCUGGAGUUGGACAGCAGCCUGGAGGAGUUCAUUCCUCAAAUGCCUCAGUAUGUUUAUUUCUCAGAUGCCACCUUCAUCUGCCAGUGUGAAAGCUCUUGGGUGGAGCCUUGGGCUACACAGGUCCCAAACUCCUUUGUGUAUGGGCUGGAGAAAUCGGUCUGCAUGGCCAAUACCUCUGAUUACUCCAAAACUCUCCUGUUCACCUUCUUUUCUCAGCACUGCCCACGUGACCCUGAGUUGUGGGCCUUUCUCAGCAGUUUCACUCUGGUGCUCUUGCUGAUGACCCUUGCGCUGCUCGGCUGUCACCGCUGGCCUUGGCUUCAUCAACUCUAUACAUUUUUUUAUGCUUGUUGGUGGAAAAUAUGUGGCCGUGGUUUCAGAGGCCAAUUCCACUAUGACGUCUUUAUAUCCUGUUGUGAACCGGACCAAGCUUGGGUGCUGGAAGAGCUGGUUCCUGCUUUAGAGAAUCCCCCUCCUGAAGGUCAGGGCUUGAGGCUCUGCCUGCCUGUGAGGGAUUUUGUGGUCGGGCAGGACAGGAUGGAUGCCCUGGUUUCCAGCAUGGGCAGCAGCAGAGCCACCCUCUGUGUGCUCACUGGCCAGGCCCUGGCAAGUCCCUGGUGCAAUUUGGAGUUAAGGCUUGCCACCUACUACUUGAUAGCCAGGCCUGGGACAACUCGCCUCCUGCUGCUCUUUCUGGAGCCCAUUGAUAGGCAGAAGCUCCACAGCUACCACCGCCUCUCCCGAUGGCUCCAGAAGGAGGACUACUUUGAUUUGUCCCAAGGGAAGGUGGCUUGGGACACUUUCUGUGAGCAACUGCGGAGAUGUCUCAGGAAAGCUGGACAAGAACGAGAAGAUUAA